AUGGAUGAUGGGGUGGUCUUGAAGAAACGGGGCUAUACACUGGGCGUCAACCUGGGAGAGGGCUCGUACGCCAAGGUCAAGUCUGCCUACUCGGAACGCCUCAAGGCCAACGUGGCGGUCAAAAUCAUCGACAGGAAGAAGGCGCCCGCCGACUUUCUGGAGAAGUUCCUGCCCAGGGAGUUGGAGAUUCUGGCCAUGCUCAACCACCGCUACAUCGUCAAGACCUUCGAGAUCUUCGAGACGUCCGACGGGAAGGUCUACAUCAUCAUGGAGCUGGGCGUGCAGGGUGACCUGUUGGAGUUCAUCAAGACCAGGGGAGCGCUGCCGGAGGAGGUGUCGCGCAAGAUGUUCCGGCAGCUGGCACUCGCCGUCAAGCACUGCCACGAACUCGAGGUGGUCCACCGGGAUCUCAAGUGCGAGAACCUCCUCCUGGACAAGGACUUCAACGUCAAGCUCUCCGACUUCGGCUUCGCCAAGAGGUGCAGCACGGACGACCAGGGGAGACCCUUGCUCAGCAAAACCUUCUGCGGCUCAGCCGCGUACGCUGCCCCCGAGGUGCUGCAGGGGAUCCCGUACCAACCCAAAGUCUACGACAUUUGGAGCCUCGGGGUGAUCCUCUUCAUCAUGGUGUGCGGGUCCAUGCCGUACGACGACUCCAACAUCAAGAGGAUGCUGAGGAUACAGAAGGAGCACAGGGUGGACUUCCCUCGGUCGAAGGUCGUGCCCGCAGAUUGCAAAGAGCUGAUCUACCGCAUGCUCCACCCGGACACCAGCAAGCGUCUCACCAUCGACGAGGUCUUGGAGCACCCCUGGCUCUUCUCCCCCAAGUCGAAAGAGGGCUCCAAAAAAGCCGACACGUCCUCGGAGAAGCACCACAAGAAGGACGACAAGCACGAGGCCAAGAUCGAGCAGAAGAAGGAGCAGAAGUACGGCUGGGAGGUCGAGCAGGGGGGACACGAGUGGGUGGACAUGAAACACGAGGCCAAGCACGAGUGGAUGAACAUGAAGCGGGACAGGGCGGACGGCAAACAGGAAGUCCAGGAUGACCAGGCCCAGCCCGAGAACAAGGACGGGGAGAAGACGGAAGAGCCGACGUACAAGCCCAAGGGAGGGGCGGCGAAACCCGACAAGGAAGGGAGCAAGCAGCCGCUGCAGCAGAACAAGUCCAAGACGGAGCCCGAAAUGAGCGGCAAAUUGGGGGAGCCCAGAAUGGAGAAGAAAGCCAGCCGGAGGAGGUCGAGAAGCCUGAGGCUGAACAACGACGACCACCCCGACGACAGCGAGGUCUACCCGGACCAGGAGAACUUCUUGGAUGCGCAGAGCAAAGCCGAGCUGAAGAAAGUUAGUUCGAAAAGGUCAAAGUCUAAUGAAAAGAAGGGCAAACAUUCCAGCAAAUCCCGUGGCUAG